UUCUUCCGUAACAACUUAGUUGACAACAAAUACAUUUUUACGACAGAAGUGAGGUUUUUGUGACGAGAAAUCCAUGAAAGAAAUAAGUUUAAUUUUAAAUCCUUGAGUGGAGUGAGCAAAAUAAUCAUUUUAGUGGAUAGGUUUUGAGUGAAAUUAUGAAGAGGCGAAAUGUUGAGAUCGCUAAAAUGAGAAGGCCCGUGAAAAAGAACAAAAUUACUGAAGGAUUUUACGGAAGCACACUUCUGUAUCUGAAAUUUGUGAUUCUGUGGGCCUUAGUAAUAAUGGCGGACUUCAUAUUGGAAUUCCGUUUCGAAUUCUUGUGGCCAUUCUACUUACUCCUGCGUUCAGUGUACGACUCAUUCAAAUAUCAAGGCUUGGCCUUUUCGAUAUUCUUUGUGUGUGUAGCGCUAACUUCAGACAUGUUGUGCUACUUUUUCAUACCUGUGAACUGGUUGUUCUUUCUGGCAAGUACUUAUGUGUGGGUACAGUAUGUCUGGCACACGGAUAAAGGCAUAUGUGCUCCCACAAUAGUGCUCUGGGUAUUAUUUGUUUAUCUGGAGGCGGCUGUGAGACUUCGAGAUAUCAAGCAUAUGCCGGGCCAUUUGGAUCUCUGUAGGCCUUUCGCGGCGCAUUGUAUAGGUUACCCCGUAGUAACUUUGGGCUUCGCGUUCAAAUCGUACGUGGGGUUUAGGAUGCGCCAGCGAAAGCAGCAAGUGGUGGCGAAAGAGAAUCAGUUUUAUAUGCAACUGAUGCAGCAAGCGCUGCCAGUAGAGACAUGCGCGAAUGCGCAAGAACAAAUAGAACCACCGCCAAAUGCUGUUGUACCUGUUCAGCCAGUACUGAAUAAUAAUAAACUACAAAAUAGUACUAAAUCUCAUGAGAAAAAUGGUCACAUACCUAACGGGGCCAUAGCCAAUGGAGUACAUAAUACACACACUACAAAAUCACAUCACAGAAAAUCGGUAGAGAAAUGUAAAGAUCAAGAUCAACACGGGAAUGAUCACACUAGUAAACAUUCGGAUCGACAUAUAGAUCGACAAAAAGUUAAUCACGCGCACAGCAAUGGUUCAUUGGUGAAUUCAUCAAUAGAAGAAGCAAGCAGUCAGGAAUCGGAGACGAGACCGACGCGAAGAAGAGAGAAAAGAGAACAGGAUAAAGACAGAGAGGCAACAGAAUAUCUUCAGAGGUUAGAGACUGAUGUCAAAAAGUUAAGAUCUGAUUUGCACACAAGCAGAGCCAGCGAACAAGAGUUGAGGCUACAGGUUGCGUCGCUGACAACUUCCGAAAAAGUUUCAAAAGGCGAAAUUUGCUCGUUACAAAGAGACGUAGAAGACGUGCAGCAAAGGUUGCAGAGCGCCUUAAGUACAAAAUCUUCCGACAAACAAACAAUUAGUAAUUUAGAAAGACGGCUGGCCGAAGAAAGGCGGCUUCGAUCAAAUCUCGAGUCACAACUUAAUCAAGAAAGAAAAAGUCGAAAACAAGAGGAAGCCAGAGCUGCGCAGGUUGCGGCUCAACAAUCAUCUCGAGGCGAAUGCACUGAAACGUGCAAAGUUCGUCGUCGUGAGUUAGAAUCGGAGAUAUCAGAACUUCGAGCUUCCAAACAUUGGCAGGAGGAUCGUUUACAGGCCCUCGAAAGGGAAAACUCCGCGUUCAGUGAGCAAGUACGUGACACAGAAUUGCUCAUGUCGGCAUUGUCCGCAUUGCAAGAGAAAAAUUCACAUUUGGAAAACUCUCUCUCGGCAGAGAAUCGAAUAAAGUUGGAUUUAUUCAGCGCUUUGGGAGAAGCCAAAAGGCAGCUCGAAAUCAGAGAAAGCGCGAAUCGAGCACAAGAAAAAGAAAUCGAAGAGCUGAAAAGCAAGAUAGCGCAAGUAUUGGCUGUGAUGCCGACCGAUUCAUUUGGUUCACCGGCGCCAGGUGGCAACAUGUCCAGAGUACGCCUGGCCGAGAGCCCUCCUUCGAACCUCGACCCGAACGCGACGGCCUACACACCUAAAAGUUCCCUCGUCGCUUCAACAGAAGCCUAGUUUUCCCCCGCCCCGCCCGUUGGUCACCCCGAUUCUAAUUUUAAUCCCCAUUCGUUGUAGACCUAGAGCAGAAAAUGGGUAUGUGUGUACAGGAUUAUGACAGACGAUAUGGGUAAUUUAUUUUAAUACAUUUGUUAUUAUGAUUACAGAUCAAAUAAUAACUUGUUAUUAAUUGUAGCUUGUACGAAUAUACGAGCAUUUUUAAUUAGUUGGAAGCAGAUAAAAAAUUAUUCCAUGACAGUGAAUGAAAGGAAGAUGAAGUUACUAGGAAAACAAGUUUAAGGUAUAGCAAGGUACGCAAGGUAUACAACCAUAUACUAUUUCAUUGAAAUAUUACCUCUGAUAUAUUAAAUAUCUUAUUUCAACGAUAUAUAAAUGUCCGUUGAGCUUUCCAAAUGUUGGAAGUACUGUAUGUAUAGUAUAUUUCAUCAAUUUGCUACUGUUUUGGAUUAAUAUGAGGUAUUCGAUUUCAAUGUUACACUGUACUUAAUAUUUUAAAGGUUUAAUCAUAUAAUUUAUAAUGAACUUAUAAAACUAUUUAACACCAACUAUACUCAACGCCCAACCAAAGUAUUUAACGACAUAUAUUUAAGCGGAGUAAUACCAAGAACAUGGUUGAAGUCGACGUUUAUUGCUCUACCAAAGAAAACAAAAUCCGUAUCCUGCGGUGAUUUCCGAUCAUCAGCUUAAUGAGCCAUAUAUUAAAAUUAUUUCUAAAAAUUAUACAUCAAAGGAUAUACAUAUAGACUGUGCGAAGAAAAAAUCAGCCGAACACAGUUUGGUUUUCGAAAUACAGUGGGUACAAGAGAGGCUUUAUUUAGUAUACAAGUGCUAUUUCAACGAUGUAGAGACGUAAAUUGCUAUAUUUAUGCAUGGUUCAUUGAUUACCAUAAAGCGUUCGAUACAGUAAAGCACGACAAUCUGAUGGAGAUAUUAACCAAUAUUGGAAUAAAUACCUGUGAUUUAAGGAUUAUCAGCAAUCUGUACUGGAAUCAAACAUCAUCUAUCCGGACAGAGGCAGCGACGAUAUCAAAAUCAAACGUGGGGUCCGUCAGGGAUGUAUAUCCCCACUGCUGUUUAACAUCUACUCUGAGGAAAUCUUUCAAGAAGCAGUGGAUGAUGUUGAAGCCGGAAUUCGAAUUAACGGAGAAUGUAUCAAUAACAUAAGAUACGCAGACGACACGGUGGUAUUCGCUAACAGUUUUGAAGCCCUCCAGGAGUUAAUGAACAGAAUCGCAGAUAGAGAAAGCAAGAUCUGCAUUUCAAAAAAUGGCAAAAUUAUUCAAAUGUCAUGAUUUGUCGAUACCCAUAAAAGUCAGAUUACUUCAAUGUUAUAUCUUUCCUAUACUGUUGUACGGGGUUGAGUCGUGGACUCCCACAGACGCCACCUGCAAGAAAAUUGAGGCUUUUGAAAUGUGACUUUAUCGUCGAAUCCUGAAGAUAUCUUAUACCGACCACAUUACUAAUGAGGGUGUUUUGUUGAGAAUGCAAAAAGAAAAGGAGCUGUGAAUCAAAAUAAAAACAGGCCAAAAUCGAAUACCUCGGUCACAUAUGAGGAACAGUCACAUAUGGUCACAUAGAAGGUCACAUAUGGACUGCUGCAACUAAUCUUGCAGGGAAAAGUAGAAGGAAAGCGAGGACCAGGAAGGCGAAGGAUUUCCUGGCUGAAAAAUCUACGUACGUGGUUCAACACAACCACUACAAUUCUUUUCAGAGCAGCAGUGUGCAAAGUACAGAUUGCCAUGAUGGUCGCCAACAUCCGAAACGGAUAGACACUACAAGAAGAAGAAGAAUCAUAUAAUUAUUUUAAACCGUUGCAUUAAGACAACAGCGAGUGCAAGUCUGGCAGACUAGUAGAUAAAACUAAAUAACGCUUAAGUAACUAACAUCUCGCAGAUAACACCACUAUAAAUUUCGAGGUUAUUUCGCGCACCUCACUGUAAAUGAUGUUAAAUGUUUUAACAUUGAAUAUGGUAGCAAAAUUAAAAGUGUAAUGUAUAUAUUUUCUUAUCAAGAGGCAACAUUAGCGCGCGGAAAACGUGUUCCAAGAUUGCGGCUUUAAGUUUGAAUAUUUUUUCGAGAUAAUUUGGCACACCUAUUCGUAAUAUAGUAAAAAAUGGCGGUACAGAACCCAAUCUGAGAAAUAUGUUAAUAGGUGGAAAUUACUCUAUAAUUAAAUUAAAUAUUACAAAACCGAGCCUGUACCGCCAUUAAGAAGAACAAAAAAAUACACUUUCUUCAAAUAAAUUUUUUUAUCCCAUUCUUAGAUUUUGUGUCGUUGAAUUUUUGUGUAUACGCAAAGAAGGAUAAACGGUAUGCGGCAAAAUAAACAGUACUGAAAUGCGUAUGCCUCAAAUUUGUAUGUGUCAUGCUCCGAAACGUACUGAGUGGUUUCCGAACGUCGUUAUAACGUAUGUGAAUGUCGUGUUAAUGUUAAUUGCCUCAGGAUGGUUCUCAGUUUUGCAGAAAAAAUUUGAUCAUGGAGUGCUAUUUUUGGUCAUACGGAAAAGGUCGCAAAAACUGUCCAAGCUUAAAAUCAACAAUGGUUUAAGCAGGACUGGGCAACCUGUCACACGACCAGGGAGUCUGCGUUAUCAUUUUGGGACAUCACUCACCAGACCUAUCGCCACCUGAUGCGUACAUAUGGGGAAUGCUUAAGAAGGCAAACGGAUCCACCCUCUGACAUUCCGGAAUUGGGGCUAGAAUUGAAAGAUUUUUCGUGCCAGAGGGCAUUUUUAACAUCUGUUUUAUCGGGAACGUCGUCGUGAAUAAUGUUUGCAAGACUAAAUAUCAUGUAUACUUAAUAUAUAAGUAGUCAUAAACAUUUCAAUAUCCAUUUCAGUACUGUUUAUUUUGCCGCAUACUGAACAUUACAAAAAGUAAAUAACAAAUAAUUUUUACAAACAAAAAUUCAGCUGACAAAUAUACUCAAUUGACUCUUCUGGUCGCAACUAAGAAAUUGGACGGAUUGUCAUUGUAGGAUCUGAUCGGGCAUUCCUCCAUUACCGUUUGUCUUGCAGCACCACAAUCGCAAUUUGGAAAUGGUAUUUUUCCCUACCUGAAAAGUGAGUCAGAGCACCUGCCACAGUUCGUUCUUAUUCUGUUCAGUGAGGCCCAAAUUCGUAUUGGUUGGUCGAAACUCCCUGGCUUGCUUGUAACAUAUGGCAUAUUCCGGGCGGUGCAUUCCGGAAAGUUCCUUUCAAUAAGAAUUCUUGCAGAAUCUACAGGGUUGUUUCUUGAACAAAGCCGACUUAUGUCUCUGCCGGUGAUACCAACGUGGGAGCGGAACACAGGAUCGGCGUUAAUUUUCCUAUACUCCUGACAAGGCCAUGUUCCCGGCGGGCGUAUGAGGGGGUUAUUUGUCUCAGUGCUGGUGGCCAGUACGUUGAUGUGACCUUAAUUGUGCCUGAUAUAAUACGCAAAGCCUGGUUUAGUUGGGCUUCAACACGUUUGGUGUGGGGCUGUUGAGCCACGCCGGUGCACAGCACUCCGCAACGGGAUACACGAGUCCCAGUGCUGUCGAUCUAAGUGUAGUCGCUGAGGAACCCCAUGUGGUACCUCAUAACUUUUACAGAAUAUUAUUUCAUGUUAUAAGUUUUGCCCGUCUUUGUAAGAUGUUCUUCAAAGCGUUCGAUCGAGUGUCACACCUAGAUAUUUUGGGUGUUUAGUAUGGCUGAGGAGUCUGUCUUCAAUCGAAUUUUUAAUUAGUAAUUGGACAGUCUGUCGUUUAAAUGAAAGCACGAUACUUGCGUCUUGGCGGCGUUGGGCUGAAAUCUCAAACGCCGGGAAUAUUUUCCGAUGGUAACAAGGUCGUUUGUUAAUAUAUGCUCAGUAGUCUCCAAUUUUUUAUGGCUCGUAACAAGCACGCAAGUUUUCUUUUCAAUUUGGCGAAUAAUUUAAUUACUGUUGAAGUAUAGUAAAUAUUUGGUGUACAUUUGAAUCGUCAACAAUACAUGGAAGAGUCCAGUUAUUAUUACUCCAGUUAAAGGGGAGGCCGUUAUACAAAAGUCUACAAACCUUUUUAAAGUUGUUAAUGCAUUAUUUCUUUCAAACUAUACUCAAAUUGUUUUUUUUAACAUUUUAUUUAUUUUAUAAUAUAAUUAAAUUCACUAUCAAAUUUAAUGUCAUUUAUAUUUUAUUAAUAUCUAAAGUUUACGUAAAUAACGUAGGUAUGCUUUGCUGAUAUAAAUACAUAUAAACAUAAUAUGUAAUUAUUAUUUGAAUGUAACAUAAUUUGUUUAAACAAUAUUACUCCUUUAUUCAAUUUUAAAAAUUAUUUUAAUAUAACGUACCUAUAUAAUUUGUUUAAGUACCUAUAUAAGUUUAAGUAACGUACCUAUACGGCGAGAGGUAACCGCAAAGUAACCUCUCGCGUCACUAUUUUCGAGGUACGCCCAAUACGAUUUUACACCCUUCAAAAUUCCAUACUGAACGAUAAGAAGUUUUCACUUCAAAACGGUUAUAAAUAAAUAAGUUGGAUUCAUAUUGACCAUCGAAUUUCUUGCGAUAAUCCAAAACAGUUCAAAACAAAUGAUGAAAUAUGACUACUCUCUUAUGUCUUUUAAAAUACGUGUUCCACAUUUUUUUAAAGAACGCGAGAAUUUUUAAAACUUUUAAAAUAAUAGUCCUAUUUUUUCGUACUAUAUUUUAAUGUAUGGUUAUGAUUACAGAUGCAUCAAGCGUGAUAUUUUAUUAUGCUUGAAUAGUAUUCCGAUGUUAAAUAGAUUAAGAUAAUUUCAAAUUUCCAUCACAGUAUGGAAAGUUUGAAUUUCUUUUAAAUUCCCUUCAGUAAUGUUUAAACAAUAAUGGGUACAUAUUUAUAUUAUUAUUAUAUUGUUACACUGCUUUAAAAUCAAUUUAUUUAAACCCUAACUUGUUUGCAAUAUUUGAACACUGACAACUAUUAACUUCAAAAUCUCAGUUACUACUAUUCUAUGAAAUGUCAACUUCCUAUGUUUAUAUACACAAUUUCCUGCCAACUAUUUCGUUCUUUGAGUAUAUAAGGAUAUAUUCUUUCUCCAGUUCAAAUCAUUGCAAAAUGCUAUUUUAUUGUACCUUAGUGUAAUAAGUUUUACAAAAAUGAAUAACCAUUUUCAAUUUCAAGUUUCACAAUAUUCUCAAAGAGGUAUAAAUCCCAUUUUUAUAUAUUUGAUAUAUUUUUACUAUUUUUAGGGAAUAAGCUACAAUUUUACAGUAAUAGUAGAUUCUAUAAAGCUAUAACAUGAAAAUAGCUUCAGUACUAUAUUGAUGUAUGACAUUUCGGGAUGUACACGAUUGCAUCUUUUUGGUAUUCGUUGGUUAUCAAAACAUUUUACGGAUUAUUAACUUUGGUUGGCAACAAAUAAUGGCAUUACAUAUAAGUGUAGAACCUACAGAAUAUAAGUUCAAAUUAGCUUUUUUUUUAAUUAAGCAUCAAUGCAAAUAAGUAGAUGUGUGGGAACACUGUCGGGUGGUUCUUCCAUAUCAUGCCCAUAUUUUUCAUAAAUGUCUUCCAGAAUUACUUUUCUUCUAAGCUUUUAGUAUGCUCUUUUUGCAAACAGAUAGAAGAAAUUUGUUAUAGUUAUAAAUUACACUAUCCUUUAAAAUCAUUCAACAAAGACGAAAUUGCACGGAAAGUACAAAAAAAUAAUAUAAAAAUUAAAUGGGAAAAAGAAAUUAUUUCGAAAUUCUCAUCUCUUCUACUUCACGUGGAAAAUCUGAAAAGUUCUUGGUUUCAUAGUGAAGACGACAAUUUAUGUUGGCACAGAAGUUGUAUUUUCCAUUAUAGUCUCCUCAUAUGUUGAUAUAUUUAUAAACCAGCGGUUUUCCAAUGCCAUUAUUCACUAUUUAGAGUGUUCCUCAGAAAAUGUUACAAAAUACCCCCUAUAGCCACGAUGGCUUUUGUAUUUGUGGAUGAACACGUUAUCCUUUUGUUUAAGCAGUGUUUGUUUUCGUGUAUGCUUGUGUCCAUUUUCAUUAGAAGUUACCGAGUAAUUUUUUCCGGUUCAAGAUGGUCCUUUCGACGCCGUAACCUUUCCUACCGAUGGCUUGGUACUCGUCUUCUGUAGAGCUGAAGAACCGACAUUUGUCCACUACUUAGACUUCUCUUUUGGUUUAGAGUUUGUAGUAAUGACUCAUGUUUUAUUUAUCGUAACGUAUCAACACAAAAAACUCCAUCUUUCAAAACCAUAUGAUGUGGCUGCAACUUUUAAACUUCCUUCAUUGGAUCAUCAAAUUUUCACGCCCACCUUUAAACUAAAUUACCCAUUCUUUCGAGAUGGAAAUUGAAUGUGAAGAAUCGCUAUAUACAUUUAAAUCAUAAAUGACUUUGUGGUCGGUGUUCAUUGCACAAUCAAUAGUCAGUUUUUCCAUUUUCAAGACAACGCGCACCCCAAGUGCUGUCAAUAGGACACUGCUCUCGGGAAUGACUUACACUUUUACAUGGCGUCUACUAAAUCGUGUACCAACAUAAAUGCAAAAAUCAUGCGAGUGCGGUACAGUCUCUAAGCGAGGCCGAAGAUUUAUCAGAUCACCCUAGGCCCUAGUACUAUAGUAACAUGAAUCCAUAUAUACUCCGUCUAAUAUACUUACCGUUGCACGUCAUCCGCGUCAUAGCCCGAGACGUCACAUGAUACCAACACGAAAUAUUUAGGCGGUAGGUGUGUUCUUUUUUAGAAUCAUUUUGCCGAGUACCUUGGAAUUACAGCUACUAGACAUAUUUUAUUAUAUACGCGUAAAAAUAAUAUCUGAAGAUUUCUAUUAAUAUUAACUUAAAGAAAUACACAAUAAUAUGUUUCAUUUAAUUUGUAUAAAUGGAUUAUAAAGCGUUUUUAUGAAGCACAUUUGUUCGGAACACACUGUAGCUGUAAUCGAGCGAAGGUGACAUUUUGGCAUAAAUUGGUAACAUUUAUUUGACAGUUGCGAUGUUGACACUUCAUAUUUGUUUUUAUUCUUUACUAUAAGUAUUUGUUUUAUUAUAUUUACUGUUUUUAUUAUUUACUUUAACGUAAGAUUAUAACUUAAUUCUUGUUUUGUAUUUGUAAUGUUUUUAUUUAUUUACAUUGAAUAUUAAUUUUUUUUGUUGUAUAAUCCAUUUCGAAAUAAUUAUGUGAUCUAUUUGAUUUAGAAUGGAUUCAGGAUUUUUUUAUACUUUAGUCGUAUAUUAAACGAACUGUGCACGUGUAUGUUUGAUUCAAUAAACGUGCCUGCAAAAUCAUGUACAUUUUGAAGAAUACCCAAAAGAUUAAGUUCAUUUCAGGCUAAAUAAAAAUUUUAACUUGAGUUUUAAACAGAGGUAAUGAUAUAUUCAUUUGAUGCGUAGCAAUGACCAUUAAAACAUAUUAAGCUCAAGAUAGUACCUUGCUAUAACUCCUAAGCGACACCGGUGAUAUUAAACGAAGACAAGUUUGGUUAAUGUUGACUCAAACUUAUUAGCGCACAUGUAUUUUAAAAAACUUUUUGUUUUUAUAACGAAAGUGUAAAAAAUAAUCUAGGUAUUCGAGAUGUUUUACCUUAUAAGUGUCAAAGUACCAUUCUACAAAGAACAAAAGUAUAAAAAUACACAUUUUCUGCUGCGGGUUUUCUUCGAUAUCUACCUUCCUUUUUCUCGUACUGAGUCUCAGUAUCAGCUGCUGAUGCUGUUUAUUUGUUACGUUUGUUCCUGUGUUAUUCUCCUGUUGAAAGGAUUUAAUAUUAAGAUAUAUACGCAUAUAGACACCGUGGUCGGUUAAUGAUCGUUUAUAGAGCAACCACAUAUUCCAUACAUAUUUUUUUAUUUUGGGUAAAUUUCUGCACCUAACUUCAAUUGUUAAUAUUAUUAUUAAUAAGUUGUAUACAAUAUAUCUGUCCGUCAGAGAAUUACAGCAGCGAAACUACAACAAAUACAGAUAAACUGAUGAUAGAUUCAGAUUCAGCAUUAAAAGUAAUUGAAAACUUUUUGGGAAAACUGCAGAUGCUCAUGUAAUUGUAAACUAUGACAGGUAAUGUAAUUUUGCUAACAGAUUUGGAAAAACAGGUCAAAAUGAUAUAGAAAUAAAUAUUUAGAUUCCUAACACGUAGAUAUUUGGUAAUAAAUGACUACCAAUUUCGAGUUUACAGGUAAUAGCUAUUUGUAUAACAAGGGAGGAAAGUGCCUCCCGAGAAUGAAGUUUACCCGACGCGUAGCGGAGGGCAGUAAUCAUUCAAGGGAGGAAAAGACACUUUACUCCCAUGUUAUACAUAUGGUUUUUCCACCUUCCUCAAAUAACAAGUCAUUUUUUCAUUUUUACUUAAUUUAUUUAUGUAACUAACCAACAAAAUUUAUUAGAACUAAAACUAACAAGUAGGUACAAUAUAACUGUCAACUGUCAAAUAUAAGUCAAAUUAUUAAUGUAAACAUUGUUAAAUCAGAAUAACAAUUUACUGUUUUUUACCAUUCUGCAAAAUACAGAGUGUUUUUAAAUAAACGUUAAAAUGUAUAGAUACUUACGUAAUAGAAAAUAUAUAUUGUACAGGGCGUCAAUAAGUUAUAUUUCAUGAAUGAAAUACCAUGACGUCACUUUUACUUUUCCUCCCUAGUAGGAAAAGUAUACUUUCGGUAGAGGUAGGUGGAAAAAUACAUUUUUGUAUUAAAAUCAUAAAAUGCCAAAGAGAGUAUAGCAAAACUGAAUAAGUUCUAUAUAUAUAUAUGCGACACUCUGUAGUAAUUUUACCCUCGAAAGUAGGUCAAAGAAUUUUAUGAAAUUAUUUAACCAUCCAUAUCUUUUUUUAAUGAAUAAUUGUAAAAAAAUGUUUUCCAUUAUGUAUACCUAUCAAAAAUAGGACUAUUUGAUUGAUUAUAUACAGAGAAAUUAUUCCUAAUUGCAAAAAACUCCAUUUACCAAUCAAGUUUGUUGAAUCAAAAACUGUUAAAGUUUUAACCAAGAGGUUAGAACCAUGGUGCCUGAUGCCGUGACAGACAGAGUCUAUGACUAAUAUGUUCACAGCGGACAAUUGACAUAUUACCUCAACAUUUGCCGCUAUUCAUCAUCUUAAAAGAGGCGCAGCCUACAAUGUUACAGAUAGCAACACUUCCUUCUUAAUAAUCUAUUUUAACCACUCUGUAUUUCAUAAUAUCAAUAAUUGGGCUAAGGUAAGUUGACCGAAAUCAUAUUUCAUGCAUGGAACACAUGGUAGCUCUGUGUCACAUUAUUAACCAGCCAUAUAGUUAAUGUGUGUAUCGUAUAACUCGUAAAAAAUUUAUUGAAUAAAUUUUUACCGUCGAUAUUUUGUCUUUUAUUCAAAGUUUGUGUGUAGAAGUUAACCUAUUACUAAGUUUUAAUGAAAAAAAAAAUUAAAUUUGAUUAAAAUGAAUCUGUUUCAUUGAAUAAAUCUAAGCAAAAGACUUUGUAGAUGGUAGAUAAAACAUUAAGUUCAACAUUUUUGACUCUAUUAACUAACGAUCUUACUGGUUUGGAUCGUGAAAAAUGUUAUUGAAACCUGAUUUCCAUACUUAGUCAAUUAUUGUCCAUAAUAUGUAUCGAAAUUAUAUAAGGUUAAAUCCGGUAGUGAGCGUGAUAUCCCGAUGGGAUACUCCACACUUCUCUCUCUUUAAUCCUGACCCCCACCCCCAGCACCCCCUCCCCCACCCGUCACCCGUCUCCAAAGAUCUCUGUCUCUGCCCAUUUGUUUUAACUCAUGCAUGGGUCUUUUGCAUAUUCCUGUAAUUUGAUCGAUCCAUUUUGUUGGGGAGCUUACCCGUGAUCUUCGGCCCUCCAUAUUUCCUUGUAGAAUGAGUAUUUCCAUGUUUCCUGUGCUCUCAUAACAUGUCCAAAGUAUUUUAAUUGUUGAAGAUGGACUUUACUGGCUAACUUUUAGCUCUAUUAAAAUUGAAUUAUUUGUCUUAUGGUCGGUCCAAGGAAUUCGUAACAUUCGUCUCCAACAGAACAUUUCAGUGGCGUCUAUCUUUCUUCUUUCCGAUUGUCUAAGGGUCUAAGAUUCACAUCUGUGGAUCAGUAUUGGGAAUAUUAAGCAGCUGAUCAACCUCAUCUUGAGCUCUUGACAGUCGGGGCUUUUUUCAUCAAGGCUCUUGAAAUUUGACAGUCCUUCUAUAUUUUGGUCAUUUUUGCUAUGGCAAAUUUUGCUAGAUCACAUCUACGUUUCAUCUCUUCCUGUAAUGACCCUAUGUUUGUGAUCAAUAAUCCCAGAUAUAAGUAUGAGCUCACAACCUCAAACCGGUCAAUUGUGGUUAUGUGUGGAUGAAUGUUAUGGAGUCUAUCCAUUGACAUGAUCUUUGUCUUUGAUAUGUUUCAUUGCAGUCCAAAUAUUUGCAUUUCGUUUUCGACCAGUCUUAUAAGAUCCAUGAGCUCUGCUUGACUAUUUGCAAGAAGGGCUGUGUCAUCUACAAAACGUAGAUUGUUUAUUUUAUGAUCAUUUAUUGAGAUGCCCUUUUCCCAUCCUUCAAGUUAUCUGCUCAUGUGAUCCCCAUAUAUAGUGAAUAAUUGUGGAGAUGCAUCCUUGUCUGGCACCCCGUUCUGGAUGACAUUGGUGUGAAAGUGUGUCAUGCACUUUAACUGAUCCAGUGUGUUCAUAUACUUCAGUUAUAAGCGAAAUUAGGCGUUGUGGUACCCCUACUUCUUUUAAUAUUCGCCAUAAGUGUCUCCACUUGACCCUUUACAAUAAUCUAUAAAACAUAUGUAUAGUGGAAUGUUGAAUUCCCUAGAUUUUUCUUUUGUAAAUUCAGUUUGUUCUUGUGGAAUUUCUCUUUGAAGGAAUAUUUUCAGUCUUUCAUUUAUUAUAUUAUGUAUCAUUAUCUGGCUGGCAUGUGAUAUAAGAGAAAUAGUUCUAUAAUUGUCGCAUUUAUGGAAGCUGCCUUUUUUAUGUAGUGUCGCUAUUGUAGAUUUUGUCCAGUCUUUAGACCAUUGUUUGGGAUGCCAUAUUUGGUUACAGCGUAGAUGAAGUAAUUUUACGCCGGUUUCUUCGGAUUUGUUGUCAGCCUUGCAUCUUCGUUUUAUUUCUUUAUUGACGUUUUAACUAGCUUUUUGUUUUUCACUAUGUACACCACUUUGACAAAGAUUUCUUCUAUUCUCCACACUUACUAAGUCAUGAAAUGUGUCAGUGAUAUGUUAAGGUUAGAUCGACUGGACAGAAUUGAAGGAAAAAGGGAUCAGGCUCAAAGAAAAUUGAUGAUUUAAAUACAGUAAAAACUAGUAUUGUUCGUCCGCUAUAACUUUUCCUUUGCGUCACGAUUUAUUUUCAAACAAAUUAAGUCAAUACAUAAAGUGAACGAACGUAUAGAGUAUACAUUUUGUGUACUACACACCGGUGCGCGUACGUUUCACUUUAUGUUUUGACUUAACUUGAUUGAAAAUGAAUCGUGACGCAUGGCAAAAGUUAUAGCGGACGAACAAUGUAAUGUAGUUGAUUUUAUAUUUUUCUUUUCCUUGUUUCUGUCCAACUUUUAUGUUUAGAGAAUUCUUGUGUCCAAGACACUCGCAAUAUUCAUAUACAAAUCCUCCCAAAUGAUUUAAUUUUUUUUUUUUUUGCUUUGUUGGGUAUCUAAAGUUCUGCUAUCCAUAAAGAAAAACAAAUACCAUCGAUAUACAUAUUCAAGAAUAUUACAGUAUUCACUACCUUCUUUCAUCCAACCCCGUUUACCUCACUUCUCCAGAAACUUAUAGGUCAUCUUUCUGCCUAUGGGGUUGCGUUGUACAAUCGUUUCUCUCCUGUAUAUGUUAACAUUCCUUUUUCUCUCAAUUUCUGUCUUACCUCGUAAUGUCUUUUGCUUUUCAUUCUUGUUAUUCUGAAGCAUCUUAGAAUGCAUUAUAUAUCUUACUGCUAUCUUAUUGCUGUCUCAAUUUUCUCCAGUAUAUCGCAAUACUUCUCACUUGUUCUUCUUUAGGUGCCGUGCAUUUCUACAUAGGCGUCCACCGUAGAUUGUCGUGUAAGGCGAGAUGUUAGACAGUCAGGAUUAAAUAAUUCUGUUUUUAACAGCAUUGCGAAGCAUUUCAGAGCUGUGGAUUCCGUCCAUUAGCGAUUAUUAUGCAGCCAUGACAUCUUUUUACGUCCCAGACCUCUCUUCCCUCUAUCUUUCCUUCGAGUAUCAGUUGCUGAAAAGUGUAUUAUUCUCCUCAUAAUAUGCAGGCUUCUGCUCCAAGUAUGCAGGCGUUUUACUUUUUACAUAAUUAAACAGUUCCCUAUCCUGGAAGCUCGCUCUUCUUAAUAUUUCCUCAUUUCUCAGUCCGUCCAUGAUAUUCUAAUCUAAGCAUUCGACGCAGACACCGCAUUUCAAAGAAUUCAAGUUUAUUAAUGGAGCUGACCAUUAACGUUCAUGCUUUCAUUCCGUACAAGAGAACAGGCUAAACGUAACACUUAAGCAUCUUGUAUCGGAGGUUGAAAUCCUCCUGAAACUUGCGUUCAGUCAGAAAUUUAGGAAGCCUCAAAAAAGCAUUUCUGGCUUGUUCUGCUCACUAAUAGAUAAUAUAUCUGUGUUUUUGUUCUCAUGCUCAUGUUAUCCCACUAGACAGAGUUCAUUUGUCUAAUUGCUUUUCUUGUUUAUCCUACACCUUUGUUUAAUAUCGUCUAUUGACUUUUUUUCGUUAAGUAAAUUUCAUGUAAUGUAGGUAGCCUUAUCUUUUAUUAUGUUGUUAAUCUGUAAAUUGUCUAUCUGCUCUUGUAUUUUUGUGAAGUACUGUGUUUUCGCGAGUUAAUAUUGUGGCCAGUUAGUUGUAUGUUAAGAUUUCUAAUUCUUCGAAUUAUUGGACUUAGGUAAACUCUUGAUUGUUUUUUAAAUUCUAAAUUAUAUGUCUGUUCAACAAUCACAUUUGUCCACUUCGAUUUCGCAUCGAGAGUUCAACAAUUUGGAGUUUGGAGAUUACAAUAAUUUUUAAUAAUUAAAGUCAAGCCAAACCAUGCAAUAAUUUUCUUAUAUUGCCACGUCAGUUUCCCGAAACGUUGUUUGAAUAUAUAUUCCGCUUAUAAGUUAAAUAAAAAAUACAUCAUUGUCUUGAACUUCUAUGGCGCCAAGAUUCUUGAUAUCUUCAUUAAUCUUCAUUGGAAUUGGGGCAACUGGUAAUAAAUAUUCUUGAUUCAGGCUGAGAUCAUCAUGGCAGAGCCCUUAAAUGGUCCGGGAUCUUCUUGCGCUUUUUGCCCCAUUCUAUUCUGUCGCUUGCUUAGGUUUUCCAGUUGGCAGCACAGAUCUUCUCAGCAUCUCAUGUUAUGCUGUCUAUCCACAUUAGCUGUGGUCUUUUAUAAAAAGACGCACUUUAAUUGCUUGCGUGUAAGCCUUUCGCUACUAAAGGGUUAAGCAAGAAACAAAUAUGAAUUUAAAAAGGGAUAGUUUCCUGGGUUGGCUGUAUACCAUAUAGUUAAAAAACUAACAUCGAAGUAAAACAACUUCUAUGUAAUAGGUAUAAUAAUAAAAAAUCCCAAUGGAUUGUAUAAAAUGUGGUCAGAAUGAACGUUUUCGGACCUAUCAGUCCAUCAUCAGUGAAGUCAUAUGCUUGCUAACUAGCCCAAGAACCAAAAAAUGGUUGUAAUUAUAAUUCAAUAUCCAUUAUAGUGUGUUGAAAUCAAGAAGGCUUAACGCCGAUGUUAGAAGAUACCUCUGGGAACAUGGUGAAACCCUAAACGAAAACUUUAACCUGGUUGUAAUUAUAAUUCAAUCUACAUUAGGUAUCUUCUAACAUCGGCGUUCCUUCUUAAUUUCAACACACUAUAAUGUAGAUUGAAUUAUAAUUACAACCAUUGUUUGGUUCUGGGGCUAGUUAGCAAGUAUAUGAGUUCACUGAUGAUGGACUGAUAGGUCCGAAAACGUUCGUUCUGAACACAUUUUAUACAAUCCAUUGGGAUUUUUUGUAUUAUACCUAUUACAUAGAAGUUGUUUUACUUCGAUGUUAGAGUUUUUUAAAUAUAAAUUUCUUUGUUCAAAUUAAUAUCAAAAAGACAAAACUUCAAAUUAGUCUUCUUCUUCUUCCCCUUUGUUAGCAAUUCUGCUUGUUCAUUGGCGAAUUGAUACCUCUUUGAAAGGUUGUCACUCCAUCUUUUGCGCGGUCGGCCGAUACUUCUUCUACCAGUUGGUGAUUUAUCUCUUGCUAUUUGACACACGUGGUUAUUGUUUGACCCUAUGUGGUUAUUACAUGCUUUUUUUUUUCUAUUUAUAGUGUUAAUUCAUUUAUACACUGUACGUUACAUUGUCUUCUGAUUUCUUCACUCCUCUUUCGAUCUCUCUUUAUAAAUUCCUGACUUCAUUUCAGUGUUAAUAUGUCGGUUUCGCCAUAUAGUGUUAUGAAGACAUCUUGCCAGUCUGUUUGCUUUUUGUAUUUGAUUUCUCACUUUUUUGUCCGGGUCUUCGUAGCUUGGCACUUAAAAUUAGUGUGCUCCAUAAAUAUUUCCGAAAAAACAUUUUAAAAAAGAAAUUGCAUCAAAUUGAGUCAUUCUUGAAUUUAUUGGAAACCAUCGUGCUUUUGAGAAAACAAAUUAUGUGGAAAGUAAGCUAUUAACUUUAUACAUAUAAAGUGAAAACUAACGUAACCAAUAUUUUAAAAGAUUUGGAAUACGUUUUUAGGUUAUAUUGUAAAUAUAAUAUACAUAGGUUUGAUUCAAAUACGUAAUUAGAAUUUUUAAGAAUGAAUUUACCCUAAAAAAUUAUUUUGGUUUAAGAGUAGAAACAAAAAAAUGUUGAAAACACUAAUAUUUAUUAUUUUACUUUAGAUUUUGAAAUCGUAAACAUUUAAAUAUUUUGGAGAAUAAAGAAAUAACAUUUUACGUUGUUCAAAUAGGAGCAUAACACAGGCUAACAAUUUUUUGCGUCAUGUUUCAUAAUAUUCUCGUUUAUUAGCUUAAAAUAAUGUGAUAAUUAUUUAUAACUAUGGUACCUACUCCUGUGGGGUUGACAGUGAUACCCCGAUUCUUUUUUAUAUAUUUGAGCACAAUGGUACUGAUUUCGUCUAAAAAGUAGCUUGCUAUUGGCUGACUCGAUAUGAUCUCUAAAAGUAAAACUUAAGAUUGUUCAACAAAAUAAAGUCAUGUGUUUAUUUGGGAAUGUUCUGUGGGGAUUUAUGAUCGAAAGAAUGAUAUUAUUGUGUAAAUUUACUUUAUAUUUAGCGAAAAUUAUAUGAGUGGAAAAAAUUAAUUAUUAUUUAUGAUAUCACUAUUGAUAUAUUCUAGUUUUUUAUCUAGUACAAAUUAUAAAUUGUUUUUAAGAUGUGUUUAUAAGGAGUCUAAAAUUUAUUUUUUUAAUUUGUAAUAACACCAGCUUAAUUGCUAAAAAGCAUAAAACUACAUAUUUAUUAUGUUUUGUCACAAAAAAAUUCUGGCAUUGAUUAAACUGACGACUAUGAUGACGGAAAUUCACGAUGAAUCUGAAGGGCUUCCGCUUGACCUUCACUGAAUUCUCUACACCAUUUGCGAACAUGUUAAAUAUAUAUGCACUUUUACACAUAAAAUUCGAUUAACUGACGAUGAAUGUCAAUAGGUGAAAUCCAUUUUGCUUUUAAAAAACGUAUCACAGCAUUAAUUUCACAUUGGAGGUAAAAGCGAUCGUGACCUCCAUCUUCAAAGACUGCUAGGCUGACACUGAGCAAUGAAGCGAGGCAAAAGUGGUGGGGUUGGAGAGGGAAAGAGUUGAUGUGUAAAUCAGUGUUGCCAGAUUUCUCCCAGCAGGUCGCACUCUCUCUCAGCAGCAUAGGAAACCUUUUUUUACGAAUGGUCCUCGUACCAACGCAGCAUGUAUCCUGGCGAAUGCCAACACAAACACAACUGUCCAUUUUAAUUUACUAUUAAGUGACAUCUUAGAUGAUGUUCACCGUAUCUAUAUAGAAAUCUAACAAGAGGAAUUUGAUAAAAAAAUCCAGAGAGAUCAGCACAUAACUGUUCUUUUUGGUUCUCUAGAUGGUAUAAUUGUGUUAAUCUUCUCAGUGAAGAGGAGAUCUGGUGUCAUCAUAGAUGAGCUCAUUAUAAAGAUAGAUUCCUGAAGUCUAGUCCCAGUAGUGUUGGUGUGCAUAUUCAAUACGUAAUUUGGUCUCCAAGUAUUGUUAUAUAAUUCCAGCGGAAUUGUAUUCCUGUCUCCUGAAAUAUUUAAUUCCAAUGGAGGGAGACCUGUAAUAGCCUCUAACGAAGCCGUUCCUCUAGUAUUCAAGGCUCCUGUUAUAUUUAGAAGCGCUUCUCUUUGUAGGGUGGUGAGAGUGGUCGACCAAGAUUGCAAAGCCGUAUUAUUCCACCAAAAUACUGAAUCAUAAGUAACUGUCGGUCGUGUUACUGAUGUGUAGGACAAACAGAUACCCUUGGUUUCAAUUCCCAGGUUUUACCUACAUCACGUCUGUAGUUCCAGAAGAGUCACUUAGCCUUCCUGGUUAUAUUGUUAAUAUGAGUGCUCCAAUUGAGUUUAGAAUCCAGUGAUAUUACCCCUGGCUAAAGAAUCUACGGGAAUGGUAUAGCUGUAGCAACAACGAAUUGUUUCGGUCAGCAGUUUCGAAAAUACGUAUAGCCCUUAUGAUCGCCAACCUUCGGAACGAAGAUGGCACUUAAAGAAGAAGAUAUUACCCCUAGAUACUUGUCCUCAUUGUUUCUUUCCAGUUCCUCUUCAAAUAAUUUCAGCUCACUCAGUCCGGUAAGCUUCCUCUUAUUAGUGAAGGCUACCAAUUUAGUUUUGGAAGGGUUCACGGAAAGGUUCUCUUUCAGAAACCAGUUCUCUAUGUAAUGAAGGGCAUAUCGUAUCUGAUCCGCAACAGUGCUGGGAAAUUUUCCCCUAGUCAUUAUUACAAUGUCGUCUGCAAACCCUUAAACCCAAAUUCUUUGGAUAGCCCAUGAAUCAGCAUGACAGCUAUGUUCCAUAAUGAUGUGGGUACCCCUUAGUUGCCUUCGGGUUUAUGCUACCUCCAUUAUUUCUUUUUAUUCACAUAACUGUUAUUGAUAAAUUCAUAACUGUACGCAAUUUUAAAACCUUAUUUCUUGUAUAGUGGAGCAUGAGUUCCACUGAACGUCUAGAACAAGUUCAAGUUGACGUUAGUUAAACUUUGUAGGUUAGUAAUAUACAAAGUGGUUUUUCUCGGGAUUCUCGAUUUUCUCGGGAAACAUCCAGUAAAAAAGUUGGAGGAUACGCUCAAAUUGAUCACUUUUAUGUUUAAUUGUGUUUUCAACUAAAAAAAGUAUUAGUUUUCAAUACAACUGAAAUAUACUAAAAUACAAUUUUCAUUCAUCGAAUUUGCCGAUAUUUUCAUUCUUUCGAUCAUUAUAUAAAAAAUACUGUACCUGAAUAUUGUUUUAUUUUUAAAAACUGACUAUUUUUAUAAUUAUUUAAUUUUUUCCCAAUUUUGAUAUUUUGUUUCAUCAAUAAAACAAUAUCAUGGUAAACCAGUCGUAGAGAAAAAUUUAGAGUUUUUCAUUUUGUUAAUUUUUGUGGGAUGUAAAUAAAUUUUUUGAUGGGAGUUUUUGGUAAACUGUGUCCAACUUAAAGAAAGUUCAGAUUGAUUUCUAUUUUCAGCAUUGUACUUAUAUUUGUUUUCCGUUAUCUUGGUUUUUCGAAUCUAUAUAUUUUUAUUUCUCGGACAAUUUUUGUCUGAGAUUUCUGCAUCAUGCAGUUGAUUUUAAUAUCUUGAGUAAAAUACAUAAAAUAUUUUAUAAAAGAAUAAAUAGUUUUGUGAUGCAGUUAUCUUUUGAACAAAAUUUCAGGCGUGUUCUAAAGUUAUUGAUUAAAAUAAAGUUAAAUAUAGACUUGGAGUUUUAUCCAUCUUUAAAUUUCAGAAGUAUUGACUCUCUUUGAAAUAAAAAGAAAUAAUUGUAUUUUUAACAAGUUAAUAUCUACGAAUGAGUAAAUAAUUUAUACAGCUAUCUCAAUGUUAUGUUGCAGUUUUUCUUUUUCCAUAUGCAGAAUAUGUUGCAGUUUUCAUAAGCAAUGUUUUUAUACUUUCAACUUGGUUGAGAAUUUAUUAUUUUUGAAUAUAAAGGUAUCAUGAGACAUGUAGUGUUCCCUUGUUUUUGGUUUCUUCUCGCGUAUUUCUAAAAUUUUAUCAUUAAGAAGCAACAGUAGCGAUCAACAGGUAGCAACAAACGCGGUCCAAGAUUUCGGCCGUAAUUUUGAAUAUUUUGUCGAGAUAUUUAUUCGUAAUAUAGUAAAGAAUGGCGAUACAGAGCCUAAUUUGAGAAAUAUGUUAGUAUGUGGAAAUUACUCUAUAACUAAAUAAAAUAUUGCAAAAAGAAGAACAAAAAAAUACACUUUCUUCAAAUAAAUUUUUUUAUCCCAUGCCUAGAUUUUGUGUCACAUUGAAUCUACUAAAAAUAGAUUUUAUGAGUAUAAAAAUGAUUGUUUUUGAUAGUAUAAUGUCACUGUCAGUGUGGAAUUACCGACGCAUUGUUGCCUCACCGUUAAAAGUUCGCAGAACUUUCGAAAAACAAAAAAAUUGAUGACGCGCUACUGUUUACUCUUAAGAAUGAAAAGUUUUGUCAGAACCGGUUGUCAAGUCAUAAAGGUAUUAUACUCAUAUAUUAGCAUCUUCUUUUUCUUAUAUAAGGGCAGUACUGCCUGUUUUUCUUCAUCGGUGCCUUUUAUUCAGCCCCUAAAUUGUUUCUCAAUUUUUGCUUGGGCGUCCUAUACUUCUUUUGCCUAACGAUGACUUGUCCCUGGCUAUUCUUACGAUCCUUGAUUCAGAUCCUGCUUAUGUGUUGAUUCCACUCUUUUUUUCUGUUCUUUACCCAGGUAUUUAUAUUACUCUUUAAUGUAUAUAGUGAAGCCAUUUUUGAAGAAGCAUUACUAUCUCAAAGUUAAGGAAUAAUAAUUAACGGAAGAUCUAUUAUCAACAUAAGAUAUGCAGAUGACACCAUGAUUAUGACAAGAUCUGCUGAACAACUCAAAUUACUACUAAACAAAACAAACUGUUUCUGUGAAAAAUAUGGACUAGAAAUGAAUGUAAAAAUGACCAAAUACGUAAUAAUAACUAAGAAAACAAACAUUGUACCGAUAGAAAGGGUUGAUAAAUACAAAUACCUAGGAACCCGGAUUUUAGAGAAAAAUUAUCAAACAACAGAAAUAAGGACCACGAUAGGAAUAGCAACAAAUGCGUUUGUAAAAAUGAAAACAAUUGUCUGCAAAAUAGAAUUUAGAUUAGAACUGAUAGUAAGAGACUUAAGAUGCUACGUGUUCUCAAUACUGCAAUAUGGACUUGAAAGCUGGACAUUAAAGCAAGAACACUUAGCAAGAAGGAUGCUUAGAAUAGCUUGGACACAGAAGAAAACGAACACGGGCAUUACGAGAAAUGGGCAAAGAAUGCGAAAUAAUCAACACAAUAAAAAUGAGAAAGUUACAAUAUCUGGGACACGUAAUGUGGGGACAGCGAUAUGAAAUGCUAAGACUGAUAAUACAGGGAAAGAUAAGAGGCGGAAGAAGGAGAGUGUCAUGGUUGAAAAAUUUAAGGGACUGGUUUAAAUGCAGUUCUAUUAGACACGUUAAUUUUGUGCAGCUGUAAAAAUAUUCUAAUAGCUGCAUCGCACUAAAAUUUGACAUGUGUGCCUACAAAAACAUUAGAACUUGUAACGGGUAGGUAUUUUCGGACAACAGACUCAGUAAAACACAGGUUCAAAAUAAAUAAAUAUUCUUGUUCUUUCGAUACAAAGUAAAAUAAUAAAACAAAACAAUAUUCUGCUCCUCUUUCCGCCCCUGAAGAAAGUCCCCUUGGCGGAUGUCUGUAAAAGAAAAACAAAAUUGUAUUUAUUACUAUAAACAAAUGCAAUAUUGGUAGUAUAAUACAAGAAGCAAUCACGCUGUUCCUAAAUACGGAAACAACAUGUUAAUAAUUACGCACAGACUCGUAACCACGUUGUUCCUCAAUACGGAAUAACUACACACAGUCUCGCAAUUACGGAAUCAAAAUAUCAACAACCAUACACAUUGACCCGUCCAACGACUCGACUCCCGACUGGCGGUCGCUCAGUGCGCGACCACCAACAAAGAGAUCCUUCAAUACAGAACCGCUCCGUGGCAGGCUCCGACUCAACAGCGAUUGUUUCCAACUCAGUCCGUUGGGAACUGGAUGGUCACCGGCUGGUGAGCUUCUUUCAGCUCAGUAGGCUGGGUGAAACCAAGUUUAUAUCGUCUAGAUCGCAGUUUUAUACUAUUUCGGGCGGCCCCAUCUCCUAACACUCGUCCAUGGUGGUAUAAGCCUAGUGGGACUGCGUUGGUUUCGAUGCGCGUACGGUUCCUGCCGGUGAGCCGAAUGUGUAGCUAGAGAGUCCAAUAGUUACAAAUUUCUAGAACUACUGUUUUUUGGAGAUCGCAGAGCUCUAAUAUAUGAAGGGGAUUACUUAUGAGACCACCAAAUACAUAUUUUUAAUCAGUGUGCUGAUUGUUUUAGCAAUUAUACCCCCUCUAUCUCUGUUAUUUGGUUAAUUGUUGUUCUGUCUUAUAAGAAGUUCGACGACGAAAAGGUGUUCAGAUAAUAUUCAUCGAUAUCGUCUCCUUUGUCAUUCUAACAUUUACAUAAUGUAUUCCAAAACUGCAGCUAAUAACUGAUUGAGAUACGGUAUCUGUCAUAAGAACAUGAAAUGCAUAAAAUUCUAGAAUAUAUGAAUGAUAAUUGAUUUAAUGAUAAAUGAUCGAGUAAAUUCACCAUUAUUAAACACCUAAACAUUUUUUCAAUCUCUUUACGCGAAUAAUGUCACAUAAUUUAAAAAAUAAUUCAAAUGUUAUCUUUGCAUACAUACAAAGAUAAUAGAACAAAAACAGUUUUAUAUGUUCAUUCAAAUACUGUUUUUAUUUAUAACUUUACAUUCUGGUUUUUUUUUUCACUAACUUUAAGAACACCUUGUUAAAUAACUACAUUUUCACGACAAUGAAUGGUUGUUAAAUGACAUUUUAAAGGUCAAUAGGCAGAAAUUUUGUUAGUAUAAUCUAACAAGAUCUGUUGUAAUUUAUUUUGCCAUAUUUAUUCGUUAACGUCUUUUUUGUAAUUUCUAGUAUUUAUUUUUUUUACUGUUUAUUUUUAUUUCUUAAAUAAACACUUUUGCCGCUUA